AUGCCAAUCGUGCGUCCUCCCAAGGACGAUCCCCACUUUGGCGUUGACUCGCGGUGGAGUUGGAUCAGCGCGUGCUUCUGUGCAUGGGUGUUGUUCCUGGCAUCGGCUACUUCCCGCGUGGCCGGCAUCUUCUUUUAUGGCAUCGUCGAGGCAUUCGGCGUAAGCCGGCAAGAGGCUUCUUGGCCCGUGUCGCUGGCGGGCACACUAAUGAUGCUGGCAGGUCCAGUAGCUGGCGCUCUCUGCAAGCGCUUUUCGUGCCACACCGUCCUGAUAACCUGCUCGUGCCUGGCAGGAAUCGCUGUCAGCUUGUGCUAUGUGGCGAACACCCUUACUUUCAUCACAAUUUUCUUUGGAAUUCUUCACGGCUCUGCCAUAUCCGGAAUGUACGUCGCCGCAAAUGUUCUUGUGGCGCAGCACUUCGAAGAGCGGAGGGCCAUGGCUUGCAGCCUUGUCUAUGCCGCCAGUGGCCUUAGCAACUUCGUUCUCCCUCCCCUAGUGGAAUUCUUCCGCACAACGUACGGUAUUCGGGCGGCAUUCCUGCUUUACGGGGCAAUUUUUCUUAAUGCUUUACCACCUGCCAUCGUGCUUAGAAGCCCGCCCUGGCUCACAAACUCGAAAACUGUACUAGAAAAGGUGGUACCGAAAGCGGACGUCAAGAAGAAUGGGACAUGUACGUGUAGUGUCGUAUGCAGGGAAAACAUGACAUUGUCGAAUACACCACAGAAUCCGCCAUUCUACACACAACGGCAACCACUGGGCAAUGAAGCAGUGAAUCCAUCAAGCGGGGUCAAGGAAAACAGCUCAUGUGCCCACCUGUGUCCAGAGAAAGCUUCGCAAAAGGUGCCAGAAGCUACGAAGUUCCUGUCACGUCUUAAGCUCGGUCAUACGGCAAAGCAGUUUGUGACGUGCUCUUUCAUAGUAUAUGCACUUUCUUUCGCAUCAAUAACAUUCACCACUGGCGCGUUUGUCCUGAUAUCGGCAGACCUGGCCGUGGACCGAGGCGUAAGCCCUUCUAAUUCUGUGUAUUUCCUGCAAGCGUUUGCAGUUGCCGACGUCGCUUUCCGAGCAGCAGCCGGCUUCGCUAUCGAUUCGAGCAUGCUAUCUGUCGAAUCGACGAUGCUGCUGGGAUAUGUACUCCAGGGAUUAGCUUAUGAAUGGCUGGCGUGGGCAUCGACACUGCCGCCGAUGAUAGCCGCAGCAGCUGUGCUGGGCGUCACCAGUGGGUCAAGACUGUCUCUGCAGGCGCCCGCCUUGGUGCACGACUUCGGCAUCGGCAAUCUGCCGACGAUGAUGGGUGCCGUGUCCUUCUGCGCAGGCGCUUCGCUUCUUAUGAGGCCACUACUAAUUGGGUACUACAGGGACAACUUUGGCGACUACAGCGGACUGUUGCAUACAAUGGCUGCCAUCAAUGCCGUAUUUGUGUGCUUGUGGAUGGCCAAGCUCGUCACGAAGAGGAGAACAAAGACGACGCUAAAGUUAGAACCUUAUAACGCAAGCAAAACAGAUGUGCAGUACACCGAAACCUACAAACAGUACAGUGGAUUCGGAUCGACCUGUUGAGCUACGUUCACCUGGCUAUAUAGUAGUCCACUGCGUGAACCACGCAUCCAUGGGCUUGUCUGUCAUCGCAUAAUGGCCUGGAGGGUGACCACUAAAAGAACGGCGCCACUGAUCUGUUGAUGUAGUCAACAACAUUGUUUGUACCGCCUGUGUCGCCAUCCUUCUUUUGAUCCCCGAGGUAGUAAUUCAAUUUCUUCCUAUUGCAGAGUGGUGAACAGCUCGGUGCCGCAUUGCUGAAUACUUUCGGCCGAGCCAAGUGUGAAUGAGACACUCUAAAACGUCGAAGCAACGAGGUAUUUGUCUAAUAAAACAGAAAAUG